GAUGCAGUUGACGGAUCGCUAACAAAAUAUCGUAGGAGGCGAAUGUGAAUUUUGUUUACCUCAGUGAAUUUGUUUUUUCGGCGAUAUCCCUCGGUCAUUUCAGCCGCGUUUUUGCAGGCGACUUGUUCUCGACCCAAACCUUUUAAAUUACUUGAGUAUUUUUCCUUAUUUGCUGUACUUACACGACGAAAUCAUGAGACGUGCAUCACGUAGACAUCCCUAUGUCGAUCGGCGUUUUCACGCGUUUUCAGUUCGAAAUCGAUCACUAAACAGCCAGUUUGUGUCUGGAGGAGUGCUGAGCCCGCGGAGACAAUUUGUAAUCCAUGGGCAGGAACAGCAGCCUUUUAAUCAGGAUCAGCAUCAUGCUGAAGUGAAGCAGGAAAUGCAUGGAAUGUUUAUGGAUCAUCUUAAACCAGAAGGAGGAGAUGGGAUGAAUCCAGCUGUUAAUGAAAAUGAAAUGUCAGUGGAGAAACCUGAUGUAAUGGAUCAAGAUUCAUCAACAAAUGAAGCUCCUGACCUAUCUGUUCCCUGUAAAAGUGCUAACAGCAAGCGAGAUCGUACCAACCGCGUCAUGUCUAAGAUAAAACCAAAAAGUCCCACGGCGAUAUUGAACGAAAUGAGUUCCUCUCAUACGUAUGAUUUCACGAUGGACGGGACUUCCUACCGGGCGACGCUUCACUUUGAUAAUCAAGAAUUCUUUGGUACUGGGACAUCCAAAGCCGCCGCGCAGACAGAAGCCGCCGAAGAGGCGAUCAAACAAAUCGUGCUACAAAGCGACAUGCAGCAAUUAAAAGCCAGCCAGCUGCCGAUGCUGACCUACCCACAGUUGCUCAGCUACUCCCUGUAUAAACUGUUGAUCACUUGGAAUCCAAGCGGGACGCAAGUAGUACGAAUGCAGUCAUCUAGCAGUGUGACAUCCACAGAAGUCAGGCCGGCGAAAAAAUUCCCACCGAAUCCGGAACGCUUGCAUCCUGUUAUGCUCCUUUCGCAAACCCAUCCACAUGCCAAAUUCAUUGAGGUAGCCAUGAGACCGCCACCUAACGUUUCCUUCACUAUUGAGUGCGUCGUCGACGAAAGGAAGUUUUUGGGCACUGGCCAAAGCAAAAAAGAUGCGAAGAAACGUGCGGCGACGCUCGCAUGCAUAGAGCUGUUGGAUGUGAAGUAUCCACUCGAAGAAAAGAAGGACGAAUAAGGUGUUUGUGUGUGUCUCGAUCCUUUCUCGUUCGACUCACCAAAUUGUGUGUAUCACAUACGUGUCGAAUCUUUAGAUGAAUUGACUUAACUUUUCUAAGUGAUUAAAUUUUUUGACAUUGAA